AUGACGCUACCUUUCAGCACAGACCAAAUUCCGUCUUUGACGGGGAAGAUAGCAUUGAUCACGGGGGGUAACAAUGGAAUUGGGUUCGAGACUGUGCGGCAGUUAGCACUACAUGGUGCUAAAGUGCCGAACACCUUCGAAGGAGAAGAUGCUAUACAAAGGUUGAAAGAAGCCCACCCGGAGGCUACACUUGAUCUCCAUUGCAUUCAGCUUGUUUUGGAUGACCUGCAAUCUGUGCUCAAGUGCUCCGACGCAUUUCUUAGCAGGGAGAAAAGGCUGGAUAUAUUGAUAUGUAACGCCGGCAUAAUGGUGCCUCCCUACCAGCUAACCAAGGAUGGCUACGAACAACAAUUCCAAAGAGAGUGGCAAGGCAUCUGGACGUCCAAGUCGGAUCGUCAUGCUCUCAUCCACAGCUCACCGCAUAAUUUCUUUGACCUCUUCCAUUCCCCCGAUUUCACCUCAAAACAGGCUGUCAAUCGUCGUUUCGGCCAUCAGUAUCUUGAAUGGACAACGCACCCUCCGAGCCUCCGAUACUCGCAGAGCAAACUAGCCAAUAUCCUUUUUGCCCGAGAAAUCAACAAGCGGGAGGUGGUGAUGAUGUUAAGGCUAUCGCGGUACAUCCAGGAACCGUCGACACUGCACUUGCCUUGGGGUUUUGGAAAUUUGAUUCGCAAGGUCCUGAUUAGUCCGGCGAAUGGCGCGUUGUCUUCUCUUUAUGCAGCCACGAGCUCAGAGAUCGAAGAAAAAGAUUUAUGGGAUACUCUCCCUGGGGCGUAUGGAUAUCCCAUAUGGCGAACGAAAUACAGCACAGAUCCCAAACUAGCGGAAGAUCUGUGGAACUUGUCGGAGGCGCUUCUUGUAGAAAAAUUCCCAAAUCUUGUCCUCGAAACCCUCUCAAGUUCUUAA